AUGGAUAUCAAAUUAUUUUCACCCAGAUUCCUUUCUUCCUUCCUUUGUCUUUCUGCAUUCCUAUUCGUACAAGAGCAUGUAGCAACGGUCACAGUCAAUUCUCCCGAGUUAUAUUCUUUGGCUGACUUCAAUAUCACUUCAAUACCCCAAACUAGAGAAUACCGUUUCACUGUUACGAAUGAGACUUCAGCCCCAGAUGGGUUUACGCGUAAUGUACUAGUCAUCAAUUCUCAAAUACCCGGUCCACUGAUCGAGGCAAACGAAGGUGAUACCUUGAAUAUACACGUGGAAAAUAAAAUGGCCGGGUCUUUGUCUAUUCAUUGGCACGGAAUAUAUCAAAAUGAGACGGUUUGGAUGGACGGAGUCACUGGAGUCACACAGUGCCCGAUUCCUCCCGGUCAAUCUUUCACUUAUACCUUUACCAUCAAGGAGCAAUUCGGCACAUUCUGGUACCAUGCCCACAGUCAGAACUAUCUGGCAGACGGGAUUUCUGGUCCACUGAUAGUCCACAGUCCCAAUGAUCCGCUCAAGAAAGGACAGGACUAUGAGCAAGAUGUAAUUUUGAUGAUGACCGACUGGUAUCAUGACAUGAGCGAUGACAUUCUCAGACAACAACUAUCGGCAGGAUAUAAUGGAAGUCAGGCAGCUCCGUCUUCGAAUUCUGUUUUGAUAAAUGGAGUCGGAUAUUUCAACUGCAGCUACUCACCUGCUGACAGACAAUGCAAUACUGUCACCGACUUUGCAAAGGUUGAUCUCUUAGCCGGUACCAAGGCUAGGCUAAGGCUCAUCAACGGGGGAGCCCAUGCGAUGUUUCGAGUCUCAGUAGAUGAACACACUUUGGCAGUCGUAGAAGCGGACUCGACAGGUGUGAGAGGACCACAAGGAUUUCAUAGGGUCCCAUUUCACAACGGGGAAAGGUACAGUGUAAUCUUGGACUUGGCUAAUGACAAAGUGGGAGAUACAUUCUACUUGAGAUCUGCCAUAGAUACAGACUGCUUUGCAUGGCUCGCACCUGGUAUAAACGAGACCGCUGGAACUGGGCGUGCAAUCGUUCGAGUAGUCGAUUCUAUAGAACCAGGCUGUGUUGACGAUACAGCGUUUGCCACCCCGACUACCCUUGAUUGGAAUGACACCAUCUCAGGCCCAUGUGUUGAUCUCGAUCCAAGCACACUCACGCCACUCAUCGCAAAAGCUGCAUGUACAGAUGUGAUUGGACGUGUCUUCUUCGAAUCGAGUGUCGGGUUCAUCAUCAACAAUAGCACUGGUGUACCUCAAAGUGAAGGAAGAUUCUUCAUCCGGAAUGUCACAUGGCAAACCUUUCCAUUCCAGCCAGUUUUGUAUGACUUGAUCUCUGGUGGUUCAGGUGCUAUCGAUCAAACUGAAGUCGCAGCUUUCACAAUGGAUAGAGCUGGAUGUUAUGAUCUCAUCAUCAAUAACUUGGAUGUGGGCAUCAAUCAUCCUUACCAUCUCCACGGUGUUGAUCGUUACGUGGUCGCUACUGGCGAGGGCCGACUGACGCCAGAGGCCGCCGAAACUUUGAACUACAAUAUAUCAAAUCCCCUCAGGCGUGACACCGAAGUGGUUCCCGGUGGAACAUAUGCAGUCUAUAGACUUGUGGCAGAUAAUCCAGGCGUCUGGAUCCUCCAUUGUCACAUUGGCUGGCAUCUCGGCGCUGGGUUUGCUGGAGUGAUAGUAAUGCAACCAGAUGUACUAGCUCAACGAUUACUACCGGCUGCCAAUGGAGCUUUAUGCAAUACCGCCACACCCUCAACGGUCAACAUCACUGAACCAGGUCGUCGAAAGAGAAGUAUAGCGCAGCAGCACGGUUACAAGAUGUACUCACCUCGUUCUUCUUCUCCUCAAGGGUCACUAAGAGUUUAACACUUUUCUAAAACAUCUAAAACUCAUGGUGUUUCGAACUAGCACUCAAUUGCACAUAAAUAUUAUUAUCCCUAUGAGUCUUUGACCUCUGCUCCACUUUCUUGUAUCCAUAACUUAUAUCAUCCUUUCCUACAACCAGCAGACACUUCCUUUCUGUUUUCUCUGAUCUACCCUUUACCUAUAAUUCAGUUCAAUCUCAAUAAACUCAAGUCUCUUUUCUCGUGAAAUAAAUGUGGUUAAUUUAUACAGU